AUGUUGCAGAUCCAAGCCCCAGCAGAAAUCUUUCAGCUGAUUCAGGCCAAUCAUGCAGUCAACAACGAUGCAACGUCAGCUCAGGACAUCCAGGCUAAUGUGCAUCAGGUGGCAUUAGAACUUGAAGCCCGUACUCAGCGAUUGGCUGCGUGUGUUUCCAGCUUGACGGGUGACUUGGAGAGUGUCAAGUUACAGACUUCCAGCUUGCUAUAUGCUGCCCAGACGCAAGAGGCAUCCUUGACAUCAGCCGAUGGCGUGGUUAAGGACAUGGCGAAUCAUAUUCAGCAGUUGGAAAGGGUUGUAGCCCAAGUAUCACGAAGUCAGGUUACAUUCGAGUCAACGAUGGGGGCUCGUUUGGAGGCCAUAGAACGAGAUGUGAAAGCUUUGUAUGGAUCAAGCGAAUCAGUGGACGCAUUGAGGAGUGAGGUUGCCUCGAUGAAGGUGACUCUUGCAUCGCUUGAGACCAGGCAAGGCAGUCGAGACGACGACAUGAUUCAUGAAUCUCUUAAGCAGUAUGUGCUUGAAGAGUGUAUGUCAAAGAAUGAUGGUCUUGAUUGGUCACGACGCCUCAUGGAUUUGCAAGUGGAGCAGGAUAAACUUCGGAGUAGUCUGGAAGCUUCGUUAGCAAGUCAUGAGGCCGAGGCCAAGAAGACUAUGAGCGUGUUGGAGAGCAUGGUGGCUUAUGAGAGAACCACUAGUACACUUCAGCAGCGCUAUGAUGAGAUAAGCAAACAGUUGGAUUUGCUGUCUGUACACUUGAACGAUGGUCGGGUGAGGGAACAGGCCAACGCACCACGUCAGCCUGCUCCUAUGUUUGCAGACAAAGUGAGCCAGCAGUCAUCAGCCGAGCCCACUACGCCCCGGAUUAUUGGAUCCUCGAGGCCAGAAAGGUACAACAUGACUCCAGAAGCUGGGAAGGAUUUAAGUUCGGAGCAAGUGGACAUGGGUUGGUAUGAUGAUGACGAAGACAAUGCACCGCUGAGUAGUCUUAGCUUUGGACCGUCAGCUAGGCAGACUCAUCUUGAAUCAUCACCACCUGGGUUGCCAAAGAGCGCGAGGAAGCAAACUGAAGUAUCAUCGUCAGCUUGGAAGCUCUUGAAAGACAUGCCAAAGUUGAACAGCAAUGCAUCGGAAGCAUGGGAACAAGGCGUGCAUUUCAGGCAGUGGACCACCGAAGUGGCAGCGGUUGCAGAAGCUAUCCAUCCCAACUUCGCUGAUUUCUUCAGGAGGAGACUUGAUGAGGGACAGCGUAGAUAUGAGAAGAGGAUGGAGCAAGGCUUCAGUGAUCCGGUGCCGGCGGCACAGUCAGUUGACAAGGAAUUUGAGACUAGGCUGUCUCUUACACUUUUGAAGUUGCUUCCGAACAAGAUAAAGACACAUGCGCUUGAGCGGGGCAAUACCCAGGAUGGUAUAUCUACUAUAGUGCUUUUGGAAUCCAUCUAUGAGCAGAUGACGCCUGGAGGGAUCCGAGAAAAGAACUCAUUGUUGCAAUAUUUGCGUACGCCACCUGUUGCAAACCAUGGUGAAGAAUUGACUGCCACUUUGCGGAGGUAUCGUCUAGCAAUGCAGAGGGCUGCACAUCUUGCUAUCCCAGCCUUGGCAGCACAUGAAUCAAUUGCAGCUCUUGAUCUGAUGGUUAAGCCACUUGAGAAGAAACAUCAAGCUCUCAGUGUACGGUUGGGAAUCAUGCGUCUUCAGUCCAACAUCCAGAUCCCUACCCCAGAGGGGGUGGAAGUGUACAUGAAAGUGUUGGAGGCCGAGGCUAUGAAGCUUCAAGCUGAAGAGGCAGGCAAACCACGAUCGGCAUCGAGGAGUGAUGGUGGGGAUGAGUACUCUAUCCCCUCAGCUAACCAGGUGGAGGGAAAGGGUACAAGGCCGCUUUGCGCAUACUUUAAUACGGCUCGAGGCUGUUUGAAGGGCAGCGCAUGCACAUUUCGACAUGAGAAAUCGAGUGGUGGAGACCAGAAGGGAAAGGGUGCAAAGGGCAAGGAUGGAAAAGAUGGGGGAAAGCCUGGAAAGGGUGGUCAGGUUACCAAGCCUGAGCCAAAGGGAGAUACCAGCGACAGUGACAUUGAUAACUUGAGCGUUUCAGGGAUUCCCAUGCGCGCCGAUGGUCAAACUCCAGACUGGUCAGAGGUUGAGCGUGGUGAGUUUUCUAGUGAGGAGUCAGAAUCAGAUGGUUCAGAUGAGAUUUUAAAUCUACAACGUCAACCUGAACCGUUGUGGACUUUAGAUCUCAGUUUCGAGGAGUACGUUGUUUGGAGCAGAUCCGGACACGUCCAGGCCCAGGCCCAUCGGGCUUUCCGCCAGGUCACGAAUCCGAAUGCGAUUGACUGGCCCAUCUGGUGGACCAUCUUGCAUGACCAGCUUGAUGAAGAUGAGAGGGGAGUGAUUCCUGUAGUAGAGGGUGUAGACAUGUUGCGAUGUGAUGUGGUCCAGAUAAUGUUUGAGGAUGAUGUUGCAAGACCAGUCUUUGUUAUCUGGCUGAUUGAACAAGAGACUGGGAGAGAGCGCCAUAUUGCAAUAGUGAGACAUCAGCAGAGGCCUCGAGUGAAUCCGUGGCCGGAGUCAGGGAUGAGUCAGGCUGCUUCUUCAUCUUCCCAUCAAGGUGCACAAGGCGCACACUCACAUUCCGACACAGCUUCAGUUGGCUUGCCACGCAUGGGUUAUCCUAUAACUCCUCUGGCGAAAGCUGCAGCUUUUGACAUCAGGUCUUCAGAUAGACAGGCUUUCCAAGUGGCGCAAGCAACAGCAGAGGUUUUUGAGGUGCAUGCGGAAUUCCCAUCGCAUGACAGUGGAGGUGAACCGGAUGAUGAGCAAGGUAGUCCGAGGUCUAGUGCCAUAUCUUCAGGAGGAGACGUGCCCACGGCGAUGCGUUGUAUUGCAUUGGAGGAUUGUGAUGAUAUCCCGAGUUUGGUUGGUGCUAAGAAAACAAACAUUGCUGCACGACUAGAGUGUAUAGAUCAACCGACAGGCAGUACAGCAGCAGUGCCACAGGUUACGAUGCCUUCAGUUCUGGUUGAUUCUGGAGCAAAUGAAACGAUCAGGCCUUGGACGAGCGACAUCAAAGAGAGCGGAGGUAAGCGCACAACGGUUGUGACGGCAUCAGGUGAUCAUGUUCCGGCUGUGAAAACUAGGGAUGGCGAACUGUGUAUACAGGCUAGCCCAUCGUCCAGGGACUGGCUGCUCAGUGUCCGCAGAUUGGUUGAUGCAGGGGGAGCGUUUUCUUGGAAUCAGAGCGGUGCAACAGUGACAUAUUUGGAUCAGCAUGGUAGACAUCAAACAAUUGAAUGCCUUAUACAGAAUGGCUUACCAUUUCUUUCUUGGCAGGACUUCAGGCCGAUUAGGAUCAUGCUAUCCAGAUUUCACAAGGCUCAAACUUCGUCAGCUUUGCUGGCGAAAGCUGGGGGUGAUGAUGAAGGCUGGGUUGAGUGUGACACUUGCACAUUGGAGCAGCUGAUGCAAGACACCUGGAAUGAGGAAACGAUGUGUGCAGGAGUGGAAUUCACAGAUGAGGUUCUCAAGAGCGAGACACUGGCGCGCGAGGUGCUAGCGAAGGGUUCCAUCACGUAUGAAGAGCUGUGGGAGGUUGUUCGGAAUGCAUCGCUGCCUAUGUCCUCGAGAAGAGCUAAAAUGUGGAUCUUCGGUUACUACUGUCACGGUGGGAUAGUUGGAAUCACGAACUUGACGAGACAAAGACCAAACUUGUGCAAACUGGUAAAUGCAUUUAUUCGACAAGAGCUUCCAGGCCUCACCUAUGCAACUUUUCAGAUUGCCAUCGACGCAACUCUGACGCCACAUCGUGACCUGACAAAUGAGGUCAGCUCCAAAAGUGGAGUGAUUGGACUGACCAAAUUCACUGGAGGACGAUUGUGGAUAGAAGACAGUCAUGGCAUGGUGAAGCGAAGGAUCGUCGGAGAUGAGAUCAAGGUUGGAAAUCUUUUGGAGGUGAGCCGUCAAGCUCACACCUUCAACGCUCGGCAGUGGCAUGGAGCGGACAAGCAUAGGGGAGUAAGAGGCAUUGUGACCUGUUACACUCCGAGAUGCUUGGACAAAGGGGACAUUGACACACAUCAGUGCUUGUGCGACUUGGGUUUCAACCUGCCGCCGCAGCAGUGUAAGGUGUGUGGAGUUACGUUGCUGACUCCUGCGUCCGAGCCUGUAGAUCCAUGGAUAGCCUGUGCCUUGGAAGAGAAAUCUUUAGCGUCAAGCUUCGAUGAGGCAGCGCGACAGAGGGCAGUGCAGUUGCUCCAGUCGAAGUGUUCAAAGGGCUUGUAUGAGAGGCACUGUCCAAAGUGCUCGGAGUCUGCUGGACAUAAGCGGAAGAGCAGGCGACUCACAGCUGAGGAUGUUGCGCGAGGAACGUUAUCUCUUGAUUUGUCCGGGCCACAUCCCCAUGCUUUCUCAGGACAUCGGUACUUCAUGGUAGCCAACUUGAGUGUUGAUGGUGAUGAUCUUCCGUUUUCUCGGCUACUAUACACAAAGCAGUCGUCAGAGGUGGCCAAGGCAUUGAACUCAGUGAUGUGUCAGAUUAUCUCACUUGUGCAAGGAACUCCCUCGGUAUUUCGCAUUCACAGCGAUGCUGGAAAGGAGUUCGUGGGUGGGGCAUUUCAAAAGGAGGUGGAAAGUUGCAGCCUUUGGCCAACCAGGAGUGCUCCAUACAAUCCACAACAGAAUGGCAGAGCUGAGCGUCUAGUUGGCAUCCUGAAGCAAGCUGCAGCAUCGCUUUUACUCCAUGCUCAAUUGCCACUGCAGUUAUGGGACGAAGCCAUUUUGGAAGCAACGUUUCUUAGGCGAUGUCGCGCUUUGAAAUUGGUCAUUCCUAAGGAUCGUCCCCAUAUGGGUGACACAGUACUUUUGCGAAAGCCUGUUAGUCCUGACACUCACCCCUUUGCUCCCAAAGCUGAAGAAGGGAUCUUCCUGGCGAAUGAUGAACGCACUCCAGGGGGAGCCCGAGUCAUGGUAGUGCGUGACGGAGGCACUGCAGUGAGAGUAGCACGAAUGCCAGUGUUGGUUGACAAACAAUCCCCGCGCUGGAGGCUGGAGAAGGGACCUCAGGACCAGGUUGUAUGGAUCAGCACUUGUGGGGAUGUUUGUUGGGAUGCACCACCUGCAGACUUGAUCACAGUUGAGGAAGCAACUGGGGCAGUACAGGCAUGGAAUGAUGGAAACACGGCUUCUGACAUCAUCAAACAACGUUUCAAGGAACACUUGAAGCCAGAGCUUUUGUUCAGCCUCUUCGGUCAUGGAUUCUUGGUUGAGCCGGAGCCCUCUGGACCCAUUGUGGCUGCCAACGGUGAACAUACUGAGUCUUUUCAGGAGGAGUGCAAGGACAACUGGUAUCGGGUGUUCGACGCCGACACUGAGGAUGCCAUGAAUGAAAUGGAAGUUGCUCUCCGGCUUUUGGCUGAGGAAGAAGUCACAGGAGAACCGGUGCCCAGUAGCAUUUUCUUCACGGGAUCAGAACAAGACCGUCAGCCGUGGAUUAAGGCAGCUGGAGACGAAGUAUCAAACAUGGUCACAAACACAGCAUGGGUAGAGGUGAACAUCAACCGAGCCCGAGAAGAAUUGGGUAUUGGACCACAUCAGCGUUUGCCUAAGGUGCUUCCGAUGACGGUUGUUUGUACCCGGAAACCUCUGCUAAUGCAGGGGGACAAGUGUGAUGAGAAAUCGAAUGGUGAAUCUGAGAGUAAACACAAACAAGGCUCAGCAUCGCAGUCAGCUGACGAGGUGAAGGCGUCCGAGCAGAAGCGCUUUAAGCCGAAGGUUCGAUUGUGCGUUUGUGGAAACUUCGAAGAAGUCAAGCCUGGAAUGAAGGAUGCAAACGCAGCUGAAACAGUGCCAAUUGAGGUGCUACGUUUGAUGUUGACGCUCUUGGCGAUGCAUGUGACGUGGGCAGCGCUAUCACUUGAUAUAAGUGCAGCCUUUCUCAAUGCCGUGUUGACCGGAAGUGACAUCAUACUAAUGCAACCGCCAAAAUCAUUAGUGAAACUUGGCUUGAUUGCAGAAGGCGUAUGGCUACGAGCUUUGAGGGCAAUAUACGGCCUGCGUCAAUCCCCGGCUAGAUGGGAAGAACAUCGGGAUUCAAUCCUGAGUGGGGCGAUCCUUGAGCCAGCUGCAGGAGAUGAGCUGCCUGUUUUGGUGAUUGAGGCCAUGAAAGGGAUUGGCGGCGUUUUCUUGAUCAAGAGGCGCGAUACUCAGGAGCUUGUGGCUGUGGCAUGCGUCUUUGUUGAUGAUGUGCUUGCCAUUGGUGAGACGGAGGCAAUCUUGCGAAUUGGGGAAUUUAUCCUUAAAUCGUGGAAGGGAAAACUUCAAGGGAUGAUAUCUCGUGACGCAAACCAGAAGUGGACAAGAGGGUCUCUUGAAGUGAUGAAGAAGCCUGAGCUGGUGUUUGUUGGCAUUCAAGUAUUCUUCCAUGACAAGGGGGUUGCCACAUCCCAGCAGCGAUGGGUUGUGAAACAACUCAACUUGAGAGGCUAUCUGCAUUUGAACGGCAGUCCUUGUCUACCUCAGGUUGAGGAAGGAAAGAUUUCAAAAGGAAAUGAGCAACAAUGUGAGCCAAAGAUCUUGAAGCAAGCUCAACGUGAGCUGGGCACUUUGAUGUGGCUUGCCACAAAGACGAGACCAGACAUUGCGGCAACAUGCGGUAUACUUUCGACGAUGAUCGUCUUAAGGCCGGACAUGGUGUUGCAAAAGGUUGUAGGCAUGUGGAAGUACAUUCGAUAUACUAUGUUUUUUGGCAUGUGGUUUGCAGCCAAUUCAUGCAACAGUUUGUCACUGGAGUCAGAUGCAUCAUUCGGGAGUGGAGCAUCGCGCUCACGUUCAGGCUACUUGGUUAAGUGGGGCGGGAACACCUUGAUGUACAAGUCAACGCGACAAACUUUGACCGCAUUCUCAACAUGUGAAGCUGAAACUGCUGCCAUGGCCGAUGCCCUUGCGGACAUGCUACGACUUGAAUGUUAUGUCACACAGCUUGGAGAAGUCAGUGAAAUGUUGGCGGAAGGCGACAAUGCCGCCUCCAUUGCUUCCUUGACCAAGCCGCGGUUCCAGGAAACGCUUUGGAGAACAAGGCAUUUCGGACUCCGUGCAUCGUGGAUCCGUGAUGUGCUUAAAGAGUCCGGAAUUGCAUUGUCACACAAGGCCGGGAGCGAGUUGACCGCUGAUUUGCUUACAAAGACUCUUCCUCGUCUGAAGUUGGAGCAGUUUCGCAGAGCCAUUGGUGUGUGCCGAGUUCAUGAUGACAACAUACAUGUUAGCUGA